AUGGAAGCUGUAAAGAAGCUCCAUGCUCAUCUCGUUGUUUCUGGCCUGCACAACUGUCAAUAUGCAAUGUCCAAGGUUAUCAGAUCUUAUGCUCUUCAACAAUCAGAUUUGGUUUUUGCUCAUAAAGUAUUUGAGCAGAUCGAAUCACCUACAACUUUUAUUUGGAAUACUCUACUCAGGGGGCUUGCUCAGAGUGAUGCACCAAAAGAUGCAAUUGUUUUCUACAAGAAAGCUCAGGAAAAGGGUAUGAAACCAGACAACCUGACAUUUCCUUUCGUGUUGAAGGCUUGUGCAAAAACUUAUGCUCCCAGGGAAGGUGAACAGAUGCACAACCAUGUUAUAAAACUUGGAUUUCUUCUGGACAUUUUUGUUUCCAAUUCUCUGAUUCAUCUAUAUGCUGCUUGCGGUGAUCUGGUCUGUGCAAGAUCUGUCUUUGAUGAGAUGCUAGUUAAGGAUGUCGUGUCCUGGAAUUCCUUGAUCGGUGGAUACAGCCAGCGCAAUAGAUGUAAAGAGGUAUUGGCAUUAUUCGAGCUAAUGCAGGCUGAAGAAGUGCAAGCUGAUAAGGUUACAAUGGUCAAGGUGAUUUCAGCUUGCACUCAUCUAGGAGACUGGAGCAUGGCAGAUUGUAUGGUUAGGUACAUCGAGCUUAAUCAUAUUGAGGUGGAUGUGUACUUGGGAAAUACUUUGAUUGAUUAUUACUGUAGAAUUGGGCAGCUGCAAUCAGCUGAAAAGGUGUUUUCUCAGAUGAAGGAUAAGAACACCGUGACACUGAAUGCAAUGAUCACCGCAUAUGCAAAGGGUGGGAAUUUGGUCUCAGCGAAGAAAAUAUUCGAUCAAAUUCCUAACAAAGAUUUGAUUUCCUGGAGUUCUAUGAUAUGCGCAUACUCGCAAGCUAGUCACUUCUCUGAUUCUCUGGAGCUCUUCAGGCAGAUGCAGAGAGCCAAGGUGAAACCAGAUGCUAUCGUGAUUGCCAGUGUACUUUCUGCUUGCGGACACUUGGGUGCACUUGAUCUUGGUAAGUGGAUUCAUGACUAUGUGAGGAGAAACAAUAUCAAAGCUGAUACCAUUAUGGAGAACUCUCUGAUUGACAUGUUUGCAAAGUGUGGGUGCAUGCAGGAGGCACUACUAGUGUUCACAGAGAUGGAGGAGAAGGACACCUUGUCAUGGAAUUCAAUCAUACUAGGACUAGCAAAGAAUGGGUUUGAGGAUGAGGCACUGAACAUUUUUUACAGUAUGCUCACUGAAGGUCCCAGACCAAAUGAGGUUACUUUCCUUGGUGUGCUGAUCGCUUGUGCUAACAGGCAACUAGUUCAGGAAGGGCUUGACCACUUUGAAAGGAUGAAAUCAGUUCACAGCUUGGAACCGCAGAUGAAGCAUUACGGAUGUGUUGUCGAUAUUCUCAGCCGUGCUGGUCAGCUGGAGAAGGCGCUGAGUUUCAUCAGUGAGAUGCCCCUGGCUCCGGACCCUGUGGUUUGGAGGAUACUGCUAGGGGCGUGCAAGACACAUGGUAACGUGGCUGUGGCCGAGGUGGUCACCAAGAAGCUCAGUGAACUAGACCCCGGUAACAGCGAGGGACUACAUGUUGCUGAGCAAUAUUUAUGCGAGUGCUGA